GCUGUGCCCGAGCGACGCGCCGAGCGUCGAUUGCUAUUCCUGUCCGGCUCGAUGACCGGUGGGUGAUUAGCUCAGCCUGUCGGUGUACACAGCAGCAGCAGUAGGCCGCGGUUUCGGUUGUUUGCGGUUCCCUCGGUGUGAAGGUGUCUGCCCUACGCGCGAACAUGGCCAGCGAAGUGGGCAAGCUGUCCAAGAACCUCCUGCGGAUGAAGUUCAUGCACCGGAGCCUCGACCCUCUGACCAAGAAACAGCUUGAAGAGGAGGAGAAGAAGAUUAUCAGCGACGAGCAUUGGUGUCUGGAGCUGUCCGAGCUGAAGGAGAAAGAGAGUUUUAUUAUUGAAGAAAGAAGUUUUCUGCCGUGUGAAGAUUUCCUCUAUGGCAGAAUGUCCUUUAAAGGCUUUAACCCGGAGGUCGAGAAGUUGAUGGUCCAGAUGAACUCCAAGUCAAAGGAAGAGGAGGAAGUUGAGGAGGAGAGAAUGGACGUAGACGUGUCCGAUGAGGAAAUGGUCCGCAGAUACGAGUCAUUAGUGGGCACCAUCAAAAGGAAGUUUGCUAAAAAGCGAGAUCGCAAGGUCUUACAGGGAGAAGCUGAAAAUAGCAACGUAAAGAGCAGUAAAGUAAAGAGAACCUUCAUAAAACCGCAGGACUGAGCGGCUGUCACGUUGCCGACGACUGAGAACUUUUUUUUUAUAAAACAAAGGAAUUUAUUUUAACAA